GCUCGUCACUUGAUUGACAAUCUGGUUGAGUUUGGAAUCAUCAAUCCUGACAACCUGCAGCUGCUCAGUUUCGUUUCUCAAUGUUGUGGCCAACACGAAAUCCGUACAGCUGUGGAGACGUUUGAGCUAUCACGCCCUUCGUCCAACUCAUCAAGACAACAACUAAUUCAAGUUCCAGGUUACAGAUCUGUAAAGGUCAUUGUGAAGAGUCAACUUGGAGAUAUGGAUCGUGCCAACGUGAAGUCACUCUGCAAGUUUCUGGCUGAUAUUUCUUGCAUUCAGUACCAUGACUUGUCAUGUCAAGGGCUCAGUAGAACAGAAGGUGGUUGUGUAGAAGUAGAUUUUCUUUUACCCAAUAGAAGCUUGCCAACUCUUCAAGUGAGGUUAGAUGAACAAAACGAUACGUUUCCAAAUGUUGGAAUAGUUCAUAUUGAGAUAGAGCAAGAUGUGGUAAUUGUGGAAACUGAAUCAGCCUCUGUGUUGACACCAGUACAAGCAUUACUAAAACAUAUUGGUAAAGGAAAAGAGCUCUCUGCCAGUGACAUUGUCAGUGCAGUUGGUGCAUCUAUGUCUCAGAAAACCAUCGAUUUACUGUUGUCUCAAGCUGCCAAACACAGCAACGCUGUAGUAAUAGAUGAAAUAUCACAAUUGAUAGCAAUGAAUAAGUCUCUACAACAGGGCAAUGUCAUUGAGCUGAUGCUUACAAAAGCAAUACAAAUUAGCUUGAAGCUGUUACCUAAUGCUUAUGCUGCAGGACGAGAUCAGCUUGUGCGUUGUCUUCUUCAUCGAGGAUUUUUACUCCAUCCCACAGUUGAGUCAUACACAGCUUUGUUGUUUAGAAUUUGCUCUAAAAAGGACUAUCCAAGGAGUAUGCUGGAGUCACUGUUGGAGCGUGAGGGCAGCAUUGAGUUACCAUUUCAAGACUGCAGCCAGAAUGAUGCAUAUGAGAGAUGUGUUGCAACUUGCUGUGUGAACAACCGCAGUGAUCUUGUGGAGCUGUUUCUCCAACGUGGUGUUCAGUUGUCACAGGAGACAUUUGAUCGUCAUUCAUCUUGCAUACUGUCAGCUAUGAGCUCUAUGGGAGCCCAUUACUAUAAGAUCCGUGGCUUGCAAGGCUUCAUCAAGUGUGUGGACAUCAACUGGCAGAAGAAGGAGCUUCAUCAUGUCAACGUUAGUUUGUUUAGUUGGGCAGCUAAUCGUGCUUAUCUUGUCAGAUUGGAUUUGUCACGCAAUCAACUUGUUUCUCUUCCAUCGUGUUUAUUGGAUGGGACUUUACCUUGGCUGGAAGAAGUCGACUGCUCUUACAAUAAACUCAAGUCUAUAUGGAAUAAGGAAAAUAGGACAUCUACAGAACAGCACAGGUUGAAAGUACUGAAUGCUUCAAGGAAUAAACUCGCAGAGUUGCCUAUUUAUGUUUUCCAAAUUGCAUCUCUUGAAGACUUGGACGUGUCUCACAAUGAAUUGGCUACCCUGCCAGGUCCCGACGUUCUAUCUGAUAGUUCAAGUCUGACUGACAGUGAUUGUAAUGAAACGAUGGAAAACAUGUGGCUUUGUACUCGUCUCAAGGAGCUAAACAUAUCGCACAAUUGUCUUAGUCGACUUCCGGAAACAUUUGGUUAUGUCUUACAUCUUCGCAAGCUGGAUGUCUCUCACAAUGAGUUAUCUACUAUUCCACAGUCUCUUGCUAAAGCUGGUUUCUUAGAGCAGGUCAAGUUGAGUGACAAUCAGUUAGGCAAGGCUAGCAUUUCCAACAACCUUGCUUCUCUUCCCAAGUCUAUUCAGAAGCUUAGCUUGGCUCGCAAUCGACUGGGCUGCAUUCCACUUGCCGUGGUGUCUAUUACAAACCUUCGUUGGCUUGAUUUUACUGACAAUGCUAUAGCGUCUCUUCCAUACAAGAAUCAAUGGAAUCUUCCUCAUCUCAACUCUCUCAUUUUGCGGAACAACAAUCUGACAGGGUCUGAUCGCAACAUGGAUUUUCCUGACUCGUUUUCUAGAAGCCUUACUCAUCUUGAUGUGAGUCAUAAUCAACUGAAGAAGUUCCCUGAGUCUUUACUAUUAUUGAAGAUGGCUGUGUGCUUUAAUUUACAAGGAAAUCCUCGAGUUGAUAGUAUCCCUCCUGCUAUUGCUACUCUAAGACGUCUUUGGGAGGUGAAAGUGGAUGACAUGAAAAAAGCUAUAGAACAAUUUCAACCUAAAGGAGAGAAUGUAGCUUCAGGAGCAGGAAGUCUUCAUUAUAGCAAAGUGAAGGACAAAAUCAGGGAUACGUUUUAUGACUAUGGUCUUUACUAUGGCAUUAAAAUGGCUGUCAGUGGAAGUCGGAUCGCUCGAGAAAGUGUGAUAAAAGGAUUGCAUUAUCAACCAGGACAGGACAGCAACGCGACUGUGACUGCACAGUCCCUUGUGAGCAACCUUAUCUUUCGCAGGAUGGUUGAGACGAGUGCCUUGAGCCUUGGAGAGCUGCCCUUGCAGCUGGGAGAGCUGGCUCAAUGGAUACCCAUAGCCAACUGGUUCAACAAAGAACCUGCUGUAGCUAGAGAUACUACAGUCAAGCUGUGGAACGUGCCAAAUAACCGUACUCUAUUAGUGCUCCAGCGCGUUUUCUUCACGGAGAACACCGUUUAUCUGCUGGUGUGGCACGAGUCUGACGGUCUCUCAGGAUUGGACAAUUUGGAAGAGACUCUUCAAUUGAUGAGAACAAAUGCAAAGUCUAUCAGAAGGAUUCUUGUGCUGUUGACGAGCACCGUGCUGCUGCCGGACGUCCAAACGCGUAUCAACAAGCUGGAAAAGUCGCCCGAGUUGAGCAAAAUGGUGCACGUGAGCAUUCGCGCGCAGAAGACCGUCCUUCCAUUGCCUGAAGAAAUCCAAAAUUUGGCUGAAGAACUGGCGGGAAUAUCAGAAGACAACAGUGGAGAAGACAACAGAGUUCCUGCUGCUUUUCGCAGCGCAGCUAAGAAGUUGUUCUUUCCCGAGACAGCAAUCAACAUGGCAGUCUGUAGUCGCCAGCUCAUUGAAGACAGAGUAUUUCCCAAGGGCUUUAGCGAUCCGGACGACUUCGUUCGAGCUAUGAGAUUUCUCAUGCGAAUCGGUGCUCUCCUUCAUUUCGAGGACACACCGCGAAACCUUCACGAGUAUUUCUUUCCCAGCGCCGAGGUGGUGUCGCAAGUUAUUGUUGCUCUAACGGACGGCUCUUCGAACCACCUCUCUUCGUCUGUCGCCCACAAUCGCCACAUUUAUGCCAUACUCAACAGAGUGACGCACUCCGAAGCAAACAGCAACGCGUUGUAUGCUCUUCUCGUCAAAGCGGGCGUUGUGAGUCCUCUCGAUUGUUGCCAAUGUUUGUUGCCGUUUCGAUUGCCACGGGAAAGGAACGGCAUGAAGCUGACAUUGUCGCAGUAUCUUGUUCCCAGUGACGGAGACGGUGACAAUCGUGCGCCGACGUACGCACGACGUCUCUACUCCAUCGGAGGCUUGCCGCAUUCCUUUUGGGGUCGCUUUAUCAGCGCUUUAGUUUUGCAGAUACAACAGGUGCUCGACUCGUUGGAGAUCGCGCACGCGCAUCAAGCCAAGACGAAUGCCGUCUUCUGGGUGAGUGGCAUACUAGCCAGUUAUGACGAGGGAUGCUUUGUCGUGAAUGCGGUAAUGCCCGAAGAUCCGUCGCAGAGGACGAUACCGAUCGAGAACAGCAAGCGAUGCGUUGAGAGCGGUCUUGACAUUGUGGUCUUUGACCGUCGUCGUCGCUUUAUAGCGUUGGGAUUGAUAUGCAGUCAUGUCGACGCUCUGCUGCAAGAAUGGAUUGACAGCAGCGGUGAAGACGUCUCGUCUCCUCUAUCUGCUUACAUGACUGUCAUGUCAGUAGAGAGGCUUGUUCCUUGUCCUCCAUUUGAUCUCAACAGCACUCACUCGAGUGACGAAAUUCUGUACGACUUUAUAUUUGAACACGCCGUACCGCGACAAGCGAAGCUGCUCACUUUAGACGAAUGCUUGCUGAGUGGCAGCAGUUUGGAUACAGUGCCCGAUCUCACUCUUGCAAGUUUGUCGCACAGUGAGCGUCUCAGCGUCGACGACGUGACAAUGGAUGUGAGUUCUGCUAGCCGUUUGGGUAGAGGAAGUUUUGCGAACGUCUUUCCCGGCUACAUUGGCAACGAAAAGGUCGCUUUCAAAAUUUUUGGAGAUGUUAUCAACUUACAGUUGGCUGCACAACAUGAUCAACCUUUGGAGCAGCUUCAACAGAUGCAACAGAGUCAUGAAGUAGCUAGUCCUGUUGUAGACGAGAAUAGGGACGUUCACAUUUUCUCUUUUGAUGAUCGAACAAGCAAGGAGGGUAGAGAAGAAGUAGGCAAUGAACUCUCAAAUGUAAAGAAGUUGCGGCUGCCACCUCUCGGACCUCUACAAUACUUCAAGAACCUGCGGGACUUGGUGCAGGAAGUUUCGGUGAUGAAACGCUUGCAGCACACUCACAUUGCUCGCUUUAGAGCCGUUCUGUUGAAGCCCUACCCGUGUCUUGUCAUGGAGUUUGCGCCUGCUGGCAAUCUGGCCACUCUUAUCACGAAACGAAGGGAUGAGAUCGGAACGGUUACCGAUCUGCUGACGGGAGACCACUUUUCAGAUCGGGCCCACGAUGGAAUCGUCGGCAGACAACUGACACAUAGAAUUGCGUUUCAGAUUGCACUUGGCAUCGAAUAUCUUCACAGCAAGGACAUAUGCCACUUGGAUCUUAAGCCUUCAAACGUGCUCGUAUUCUCAGACUCGCUCACGGCUCCCAUCAACGUCAAAAUUACCGACUACGGCAUCUCCUGUACCGUCACAGCAGCUGGAGUCAACAACGCGCUUGGCACUCUCGGAUUCCAAGCACCGGAACAGAUUUUGUCCCGCAAAAGUAGAGGAGAAUCAUUUGAUCUGCGGGUUGAUAUCUACUCGUAUGGCAUGAUGAUGUAUCACUUGUUGACGGGCGUUCAUCCGUUUGAGAGAGACAUGGACAAUCCGUCGAUGGUGGAACACAGAACGAGACAAAGCGAUCACCCGCCCCUGCCGACAGGUCAGUCUCUCGUUCAUCUGCAAAGUCUGAUCGAGCGCUGCUGGCGCUACUGGCCGGGUGCGCGACCGCCGGCUAGUGGUAUAGUCGCGGAAAUGUGCGAACCCUCUUUCUUCACGCAGUGCGAAGAUCUCGCGAUUGAUGGCCAACACCGUGUCGUCGCAAGCGCCGUUUUUAGCAACCAGCAGCAAAUUGUCGGUGGCGAUGUAAGACACACCAUGGCAAGACGAUUUACAGAGGGUUCGCGGUCGAUAUCUUCCAUGUGGAGUGUGCCGGAAACGACUAGGCAUGCGCGACCGGUCAGGUCGGUUUCCAUGCCCGUUUCCCGCCCUCAUCUUGCGUCUACGAAUUUGGUCGUUGCGUCUCCGACCCACUCGUUGAAGCAUUCGUUGUCGAGCGCUAGCGACACGUCCGUGGAGAGUAGUACUGCAAGCGCGCAGUUUCUGGAUGUGCCAAACUUUCCGGAUGUACCAAACGUCCCGGGUGUGCUGGACGUCCCGGAUGUUAACCUGCAGGCGACGCAAUCUAUGGAGAGAAGUGCGUCAAGUGGCGAACUCCCUGAGAGGGGACAGCAGGAGCUGGAUCGUGAUGCGUCGUCGUUGCUCUCACUGGCUCUUGUUACCACCACUGAUUCUCUCCUAGUUGCCGAUCCGCGCUACAGCCAAUUUCUGUCAUGGCAGAAGUUAGAUCUCGCAGUGGGAGAUGUCUCCGCUGUCAUGUUUCUCAACGACAAACUAUGGGUCGGACGUCGCUGUAAACAGCUCAGCGUAUUCGACUGUAUCGGUAGCGAAGUCGUUCGACGCAUCAAGCGACAAUCUUUCGGCUGCAACGACGUCGUGCAAGACAUUCAGUGUGACGUCAGUAGCGAUCAAUCGCACGCCAAAGUGUUCGCGCUUCUAGCAAACGGCGAUUUAGUGGUCGUAUACGGUCGUCAGUAUCAGGAAAACUCGAACGAACCGCGACUUACUACCGAAUGGGGCAAGGACUCGCUCUAUCGCUGGAACCAACCGGAAGUGAGGAGAGUAGCCAACUCGGGUCUCGAAGAAGACGACGCAUCACGUGUCCAUUCGUGCAUGGUCUUUCCACGAGAAGGAGAGCUGUGGUACUGCCAAGGAAAUAGUAUAGUUCUUCUCGAUACAACAAAGUCUCCCGAGGAAGUCAUCUGGGUUGACAAGUCGGUCGCGGGAGAUAUAGUAGUCCAGGAUGUGACCCCUAUUAGAGAUGCCGUCGUUCUCGAGGAUUCCGUAUGGUGUUACGGAGGUAAUCUAAGCGAUACGCUGUGUGAGAUAGACGUGCCGACGAGAGCUCACGUAAGAAGCUGGAAGAUGAAGGACCUGCGAGGGAGCGAGGCGACGAGAAAGGCGGGAGAGUUGCACACGAAGAACCGAUGGUGUUUGUGGAAGCGUCUCGCGAUGAGUGCACCGAAAUCGUUCCAAUGCAUGGCUGCUGUGUACGAUACAAUCUGGAUGGCGUGUGAUAACGGUGCUAUACUCGUUGUUAGCAAAGAAGGCGACGAACUUCGAGUGCUGGCAACCUUGUGGUGCCGAUCGGUGCUCAGUCAUGUUCUUUCGCAGAAACGCGCUGCAUGGCCGACGGUCGUUAUUUCAAGAAUGAGGCAAGCAGGAGAUCGUGUUCUAGUCUACAGUAGUGUGUCGUCGUCUGCUGAGAAGGUUGGAGAGCGCUCGAUUAUAUGUGAAGUGUACGAGGCACGCAGGAGUUCGAACGUGAAGGAACUCACCGCAUACUAUAAUAUACACGAUGCUUGAUGAACGAUGUUAGGGAGGUAGGGGAGAUGUGUUGACCGGAAGGUUUUUUGUUGUUGCUGUCGCCAAUAUUUUUCUAAAUACGUACUGACUACGCUGACGCUUGAAUUUGAACAGGCAUGCAUGCGUUUAGGAAGUCUGCUGGCUGGCUGAGCUUUUUAAAACGAUAACGUCAAUUGACAUGCUUUUUAUUAAGUUGACAGGGUGAACG